UGGGUCUCAGGAUUUGACGACCGAGAAUGGGUUAGCUCAGUCGUGUUUCAAUUCCCAACAGACACACCAGCAGCAACAGGAUUUGUGACAUUUGUACAAUGAAAGGUAGAGGAAUCAGAACGUGCUUGUCGAGGCAAACCUUCUCUUCUCUGGUGAUGCCAAAGCAAGCAACCUUAACCCAUCUUCACUGUCCAUUUCGAAAGGCUCUUCAAUUUGAGAAGCAGAGCCAGGAUAUGGAUCGCUUCAUCAGAUUACAGAAUGAGAAACUGAGAAUCAUGCUACAAGAUCAGAGGAAGCAGCAAGUGGCGACGUUACUGAAGAAAGUGGAAUCCAACGCGAUUUACACGCUGAGGCACAGGAAGAUGAAGACGGUGCCAGUAGGGAGGAGCCUGAUGAGACGACGCACAAGAAGAAAGUGGAACUUGUGCCAGAUAAAUGAGGAGAGAGAAAGCGUAAAAAUAUGA